CCCCUAAUUUCGUUUCUCUUUUGCUUUCAGAAACGCGUCGGACAUUAUAAAUAUUCAAAACAAAAUUUAUUUAUAACAAAAUCAUUGUAUAGUUGCAAGAUUAGUUACUGCAGACAUAAAAUCCUUGUGUAAAAACAGUGAUUUCCUCUACAACAUGACGGCAAUUGAUAAAAUUCAAGUGUUGGACUCCAUCGAAAAGGAGCUGAUCAUAUGCCUACAAAGUGCAGGUCAAGCCUUGCUCGAGCUCAGUAAAGAGAAAACCAGCCAGAAAGCGACCGAAACCCACACCAAUCAGUUUCUGAAAUCGUUAAACUCAGUAGAAUCGAAGCUUUCCGAGCAGAUUAACUAUCUGACGCAGGUUUCCACCGGACAACCACACGAAGGCUCCGGUUACGCCGCGGCUAAGGUGCUCCAGAUGGCCUGGCAUCGCAUUCAGCAUGUCAAAUCACGCAUCAAGGAGCUGGAAGAGUGCAAGAUGAAAUACUCGAACCGAAUGCCACCGACGCAACAGCGAGUCGGUGCACCAGGACCGGGACAGCCGGGUGCUUCCAGUACGGGCGGUGUAAUGCUGUGAUUGGUUAGAGUAAAAAAACAGAGGUUUCGAUAGCAAA